UCACUUAGAGCAGAGCAGAAAUAGAGAGCGAGAGGGAGAGAAAGCGCAAAUCAUGUAAAGUGGAUCACUUCACUUCAAAAACAUCUGGUAACCCUAAGAAAAAGGGGAGUGGGUAAUGAAAAGAGAAACUUUGUCCGACUCUGUUGUAUGAAGGAUAUUAGGUUUUUGACAGAUAUGUGUUUUAGGAGAGGUUAAGGGUUAUCUAAAUUUAAUUCCACAAUUUAUAAAGCACGGCUGGAGUUACAUAUAAGGAAAAAAAAAAAAAAAAAAAAAAAAAAAAAAAAAAAACGUGUUUUCUUGCUAAAAGUUUCCAGCUGAAACGCGAGGAUAAAUUGUACAUAUCCUACUGUCUGUGCUUAAAAAGAGUUCUGUUUUAUUUUAAACAAACAUGGAACUAUUCAUUUUACAAAUAUUUCGUUUGUUGAUGGCUAUGUCACCCCUUAUGCAAAGGAUCGAUUCAAAUGAAAUUUUGGGUUUGAAACUCCCAUCUGAUCCAAUUCUGAAUGCCAAUACAGUUUGCUUAACUCUUCCGGGCUUGACAAGACGACAGUUGGAAGUGUGUAUGCGCAAUCCGGAUGCUACAGCAUCAGCCAUCCAGGGGAUCCAGAUUGCCAUCCACGAGUGCCAACACCAAUUCAGAGGCCACAGGUGGAACUGCUCCAGUCUGGAGACUAGGAAUAAGAUUCCUUAUGAGAGUGUCGUUUUCAGUAGAGGCUUCAAGGAGAGUGCCUUUGCAUAUGCAAUAGCAGCUGCUGGAGUGGUCCAUGCUGUAUCUAAUGCUUGCUCAAUGGGGAAGCUAAAAGCUUGUGGCUGUGAUGAGAAAAGGAGAGGGGAUGAAGAGGCUUUUCGCCUCAAACUGAACCGACUCCAGCUUGAAGCCAUAAACCGGGGGAAAGGCAUGGUUCACGGAGUCAUGGAGCACAUCCCAGCCGAUGCCCCAGGACCUCAGGACUCCUGGGAAUGGGGAGGCUGCAGUCCUGAUGUGGACUUUGGAGAAAAGUUUUCCAGGGACUUUCUAGAUUCCAGAGAAACAUACAAGGAUAUUCAUGCCAGGAUGAGACUGCACAAUAACAGAGUGGGCAGGCAGGUUGUAUUGGACAAUAUGAAGAGGAAGUGUAAAUGCCAUGGAACCUCAGGGAGCUGCCAGCUGAAAACUUGCUGGCAGGUGACUCCGGAGUUCAGAGCUGUGGGCUCCCUUCUCAAAGACAGGUUUCACAUAGCUACUUUAAUCAAAGCCCACAACAGGAACACAGGGCAGUUGGAGCAUGUCCACCUACCACACAGGAGGAGAGCUAAUCUGAACGAGCUUAUCUAUUUUGAGAAAUCACCAGACUUCUGUGAGAGGGAACCUGAGUCUGAUUCUGCCGGCACACAGGGAAGGAUCUGUAACAAAACAAGUCCUGGGAUGGAAAAUUGCGAAAGCCUGUGCUGUGGAAGAGGACACAACAUCCUGCAACAGACCAGAAGUGAAAGAUGCAACUGCAAGUUUCACUGGUGCUGUUAUGUCGUUUGUGAAGAGUGCCGGAUAACAGAAUGGGUUAGCGUAUGCAAAUAAAAUGAAAUGCAACAUAUUUAUCAUAUGGGAAGAGACACGGCUGAACCGUCAGAUUGACUUUCCUUUGCUGUGGACAAUGCUCUGUGAUAUAUGAAUGCACAAAACUGUCUUAAAGUUUGAAGCAUGAGACUUCAAUGCUAAAAGAGUUAAGAUUGAUCUUUUAAGUCAGCACUGCUUUUCAUUUUAGAAAAAAGGUGUUGUUAAGUUAAAUAAUUUAAAUAUAGAUAUGAAAUUAUGUAAAAGACUCAGCACUCAUCAGUAUUUGAAAGAUUUGAUUUGAUUUUUCAAAACUGAGUUUCUGGCACAUUAAUAAAACUUCAACAACAACAAAAAUAAAGUGAUCUAUUCAACAUACCACAACUUGCAUUAUCUACCCCGUCCCAAAUCAACAUUUCGACCACCUAAGCUUGUAUUUUAAUAAAUGCACAUACAUGUAUGGCACACCAGUCUAUUUAACUUACAUUUGUUGUGAACUAAAUUAUGCACUUCCAAGAUUCUUCACCAAAGCUUUUUUUUUUUUUUUUAUCAUUAUCCUCUAUCUGUGGAAGAAAAUUUUUUCCAACAAAUACAUGAAACUUUAUUCAAUCUGGACUUGCAAGAAAAUGGCAGUUGCAUCUAAGGACAAGGGAGACGCUGUUGAACCAUCCACACAUGUAUUAGUGAUGUAUUGUUUGAGAGACUACCAGAGUGAUUCACUAUAAACAGGGAGGGUUGAAGAAUGCCCCCCAAGAUGCCUCAAAAUACAAUUUAUAUUAAAAUCAAAUGAUGUUGUCCGUUUGUUGGUUUAUUGUAUUGUAAGUUAUUUUAUUUUUGUGAAUAAUCUAAUAUUUGUAAACUUAAUUGUAUUGAAAAACCAUGCUAAAUA